CGUAGAUAUAUCAACUACAUGAAAGCAGGAAACAAAACAGAAAUCUUGGAGUUCAUCCUCCUUGGGCUCUCAGAGGACCCAGAACUGCAGCCCCUCCUAUUUGGGCUGUUCCUGUCCAUGUACCUGGUCACUGUGCUUGGGAACCUGCUCAUCAUCCUAAUCAUCAGCUCAGACUCCCACCUCCACACCCCCAUGUACUUCUUCCUCUCCAACCUGUCCUUGGUUGACAUCUGCUUCAGCACCACCAUAGUCCCCAAUAUGCUGGUGAACAUCCGGACACAGAGCAAAGCCAUCUCCUACAUGAACUGCCUCACUCAGGUGUAUUUUUCCAUGCUGUUUCCUAUCCUGGAUACUCUACUUCUGACUGUGAUGGCCUAUGACCGGUAUGUGGCCAUCUGUCAGCCCCUGCACUAUGCAGUCAUCAUGAAGCCUCAUCUCUGCAGCCUGCUAGUUUUUAUUACUUGGUUCAUCAGUGUCAUGACAUCCCUUCUCCAUAUGUCUCUGAUGAUGCAACUGAGUUUUUGUAGAGAUCGUGAAAUGCCACAUUUCUUCUGUGAACUGACACAGAUCAUCAAGCUGGCCUGCUCUGACACCUUCCUGAAUAAUGUAUUCAUAUAUUUUAUGACUAGCAUGCUUGGUGUCCUCCCACUUUCGGGGAUCCUCUUUUCCUACUCAAGAAUUACUUCAUCCAUAAGGAAGAUGUCCUCAUCAGGGGGGAAGCAAAAAGCAUUUUCCACCUGUGGGUCUCAUCUCUCAGUCGUUUCUUUAUUUUAUGCAACAGGCAUUGGGGUCUACUUCACUUCUGCAGUGACUCACUCUGCCCAGAAAGUCUCAGUGGCUUCAGUGAUGUACACCGUGGUCACCCCCAUGCUGAACCCCUUCAUCUACAGCCUGAGGAACAAGGAUGUGAAGGGGGCCCUGGGAAGACUCCUCAGCAGAGCAUCCUCUUAUCUGUGA